AUGUGCUACAAUGGCGGUACUCCUGCUGGGAAAUACUGUCAAUGUCCUACUGGUUGGAUGGGAACAUUCUGUGAACUUGCCAAAUGCACUCAAAUGGGCAUCACACCAGAGUAUAUGCGCACAAAUGUCGACAUGGUGUUUGUGCUAGAACUUACCCAACAAGCACAUGCUCAGGUUGGUAAUUAUGGAUUAUACGUGCUCAAUCACCGGGAAAAGGGGCGUGGCUUUUAG